CGCUCUUUAUCCUCACACAUCACCUCACCCUCACCUCACCUCACGCUCCCACAACCGCCACCCUGUCUAAACUCGCCGCUCUCGCUCGCCGCGCUUUCGCCCUCACACAAACCCGCCUCCUCCAACGCCGCCCACCACCACACACACAAGCAACCCACACAAUGGCGGUGCGCGGCCCCACCGCCUCGACAAAAGAAGACGACGCCUCGAACGCGGCCAACACGAACAAGCUGAUCUUCGCGCCCGGAGACAGCGGGCUGGGCAGCCAAGCGGGGCAAUUCAGCAAAGGCGCGCUGGAGCAAACGGACCUGGACGCGUCGCCCUUCGCGCAAUUCCACGCCUGGUUCGGCGCGGCCCAAGCAGCAGGGAUCGCGCAUCCAGAGACAGCGACGCUCGCGACGGCCGAGCUGCCGUCCGGGCGCGUGUCGGCGCGCAUACUGUACCUGAAGGAGCUGGACGGGCGCGGCUUCGUCGUGUACAGCAACUGGGGCAGCAGUCGGAAAGCGGCGGACGUGGCAUCGAACGGGCACGCGGCGCUGACGUUCUGGUGGGAGGGGCUGGAGCGGCAGGUCCGUGUGGAAGGGGUGGUGGAGCGGCUGGCCGAGGCCGAGAGCCAGGCGUACUACGACACGCGGAUACGGGGCAGCCGGGUCGGGGCGUGGGCGAGUGCGCAGAGCAGCGUGUUGGCCAGCCGGGAGGAGCUGGAGACGCGCGUCGCGGAGGUCCAGAGGCGCUUUGAGGGCGUCGACAAGAUCCCGGUGCCCCCGUUUUGGGGCGGCGUGAGGAUCGUGCCGGAUGUUGUGGAGUUUUGGCAAGGCAGGGAGAGCAGGCUACAUGAUAGGUUUAGGUACACGAAGGAGGGGAGCGAGUGGAGGGUUGAGCGGCUGAGUCCGUGAGGGUUGGGGUUUUUGGAAUGAGCGGUUGCAUCGCACGGCACGUACAUUCAUACAUGUUCACGAAACGGCAAAAUGAUGAAAAAAGACAAUAUCAGGAGCUCCCCGGGAAGAAUUCAGAUCUCCACUUACCUACUCUGAUCAUCUCUGUCUGUCAUGUUAUUUUAUUCAAUCAACUCAGAACUCAACCCAGUCCAG